CAGAAAUGGAGAGCACGUGAGGCUGCAGAAGGAGUCAACUCGACGUCUUCUGCAGAUAAAACCAUGUAAAGAUGAGAGGAGUGGAACACAGCAUGGUCUUCUGGUGCUAUACUAAUUCCAAUUCAUGGCUUUAGAACAUUGCACCCAAUUUGUGAACAAACAGCACCACCUUCCGUUCCACGAUGCCUCGGUCUUUUUUGGUGAAAAGCAAGAAGAGUGCAUCUUACAGCAGCCACAGGGUGGUUGAGGGAGACCACCCCGACCUGCAAAGUUCACUGGACGCUGUUCACAGCACAAAGCAGCUCCCGUCGGACCACCAGGAGCAGGACUCUCCCUCGGAGCGCACGCUGGAGGGGCGGCCCUCUCCCUCGGAGCCCUGCACCUACAUCAAGCACGAGCAGGAGUCAGCGCACACGUUACUGCCUCCCCCAGAGACCACCAUGGCCCCCAUCAUCUCCGGAGCCCCGUACUACACCUCAGAGCCCCAGAUUCCUGACUACCCCACUUACUACAAGCCUUCAGUGGCAUGGGAGCCCAUGCGCCCCUCCUUUGAAUUCCGACAGGUGGGCUUCACCAGCUCCCUGCUGCAGCACGCCAGCACCCUCUACGGGACGCACAUUAAGCAGAGUCCGGAGCCGCCGCAAGCAAUGGAUUGCAAGACCCAUUACUCGCCCACCUCUGACACUUACCACUGCAUCACCUGUGACAAGGUGUUCUCAACCCCCCACGGGCUCGAGGUGCACGUCCGCCGCUCUCACAGCGGCACCAGACCCUUCGGCUGCAGCAUCUGCCGCAAGACGUUUGGCCACGCAGUCAGCCUGGAGCAGCAUAUGAACGUCCACUCGCAGGAGAGGAGCUUUGAGUGCAAGAUGUGUGGGAAGACUUUCAAGCGCUCGUCCACCCUGUCCACACACCUGCUCAUCCACUCGGACACACGACCGUACCCCUGUCAGUACUGCGGCAAGCGUUUCCACCAAAAGUCCGACAUGAAGAAACACACCUACAUCCACACAGGAGAGAAGCCCCACAAGUGCCAGGUGUGCGGAAAGGCGUUCAGUCAGAGCUCCAACCUCAUCACCCACAGCCGCAAGCACACGGGGUUCAAGCCCUUCGGGUGCGAGAUCUGCGCCAAGGGCUUCCAGCGCAAGGUGGACCUUCGGCGGCACCACGAGAGCCAGCACGGCCUCAAGUAGGACAGCAGGGAUGCCGCAUGCAGACAACCGGGUUGAGUCUGUCCAAGAUGCAGGCAGAAGUACUCAACACUGGCAUUGGGGUGGCAAGUGGCACAGACCGUGAUGAAGGUCGCCCUCAAAGUCCACCCCCGGCUCCAGGAAAUGCUGUAGCAUGGACACGAGCUGUAUCUCAGCAGCACAGGAACAACAUGUAGCUCUCCAAAUAUGUGAAAUGUGUGUGUAUGUGU